UGAAAAAUCUCGACCGCAACAACGACGAGCAGCACGGCCGCGACCGAACACUGAACGCCAGUGCGGAGACGAUAUUUCUGCAAUAAACUGCUCUUCCACGUCCUAGAGACUUCCGAUCUCCGAUUUUUUCCCUCCCGAACAGACUCUCCUCCCUUUCUUCCUCUCCGGUAACCCGCAACCGAGAACGAGACUCAGCCGAUAAUCUUUGGCUGAACCUUGAAUCUAUCUCUUCGACCCUUUUCGCUAUAUUCACAUAACACAAUGGGCUUCGGUGGACCUCGUGGAGGACCUGGUGGUCGCGGUGGUGGUGGCCGUGGUGGCUUCGGCGGUGGCCGUGGUGCUCCCCGUGGUGGAAGAGGCGGACUUGGUAGCCGUGGUGGUGGUCGUGGUGGCUUUGGCGGCGGUGACCGUGGUGGCCGUGGCCGUGGCGGCGGCCGUGGUGCCCCUCGUGGUGGCCGUGGUGGUCGCGGUGGCCGUGGUGGUGCUGCUGGUGGUGCCCGCGGUGGUGCUAAGGUCAUUGUGGAACCCCACCGUCACGCCGGUGUCUUCGUCGCUCGUGGUGGUAAGGAGGAUCUGCUCGUCACCAAGAACCUCACCCCCGGAGAGGCUGUGUACGGUGAGAAGCGCAUCUCCGUCGAGUCCCCCGCUCAGGAGGAUGGUGCUGUGACCAAGACCGAAUACCGUGUCUGGAACCCCUUCCGUUCCAAGCUGGCUGCUGGUAUCCUCGGUGGUCUCGAUGACAUCUACAUGAAGCCUGGCUCCAAGGUCCUGUACCUCGGUUCCGCCAGCGGUACCUCCGUCAGUCACGUUGCUGAUAUCGUCGGACCUACCGGAAACGUCUACGCUGUUGAAUUCUCCCACCGUUCCGGCCGUGACUUGAUCGGCAUGGCUACCCACCGCACCAACGUCAUCCCCAUCGUCGAGGACGCCAGACACCCUCUCCGCUACCGGAUGCUCAUCCCCAUGGUCGAUGUCAUCUUCGCCGAUGUUGCCCAGCCCGACCAGGCCCGUAUCGUGGGUCUCAACGCCCACAUGUUCCUCAAGGAGGGCGGUGGUGUCAUCAUCUCCGUCAAGGCCAACUGUAUCGACUCUACGGCCAAGCCCGAGGUCGUGUUCGCCCGUGAAGUCCAGAAGAUGAGAGAGGAGCGCAUCAAGCCCCGGGAACAGCUGACCCUGGAGCCCUUCGAGCGUGACCACUGCAUAGUGUCUGGUAUCUACAAGCGCGCUGCAUGAACUUAGGAAAAAAAGAAUUGGUGGUUUUUGCUCUCUCAUGUUUUAAUUACUUAUGCUCUUUUAUGGCGUCAAGUGUUCCCGUGAUGUGUUGAAAUGUUUCAUUAUUUCCUUCGUGUCCAUGUUCAGGUUUCUUAGAGUACUGUAUGUCUUGGGUCAGAAAAUUUCGAGGUUUACGCUUUCUGCUCGUUCAAAAGAUGUACGCGCCUGAUUUAGCUGCUAGUUAAGCAAUUUGAACCUGAUAUCAUGC